CUUGCUUGGCCCUGCAGUCUACACUGCAGCUGUAAGCUCACUUUGCUCUACACAACUACUGCGACACACACAUACACUAUUUCUGAACAACACACACGGGCAUCUCUGAGCUACACACACAAAUACACACACACCUCUCUCCAGGAGCUCCUGCACUUUCAGAGGAGGAGGAAAGAGGGAGGAAGAAUUUGGCCUUCAUACCGCUGGGAUGAAGCGGGGGCUGCUCCUGGCCACUCUAUGGCUGCUGCUGGUCCUGACAAUGUCCGACGGUCUAAGCGUGGCUAGACCUCACAACCCGCAUGGUGAGACCCGACGGGUGAAGAAGAGACGGGACGGACACGGUCACGGUCGAGCCAGAGCAGGGCGAGCUAAACCUCUAAAGAUUCGACACAUUCCUGGUCCCAGCAUUCCAGUGGAGCCUGUCCUUGGAGACACUGUCUUCUUGGAGUCCUACAAGAACCUUCAAGAGCAACACUCCAGCUACAACGUUCUCCCAGGUAAGCAGGGCCAGUGUGUCUACCAGGGUCUGACCAUGUUCAACCAGGCCGUGUGGUCUCCGCAGCCCUGCGUCACCUGUCUCUGUACCGGAGGGCGGGUGGUUUGUGAUGAAAUCACCUGUCCUGUCAUGCACUGCCGCUUCCCCAUCACCCCCCUUGGGGAGUGCUGCCCCGUCUGCAUGGAGCCAGCCCCCGCCCCAGAUCCCGACCUCAGCCUUGACCUUUCUGGUGACUCCCCAGUUCCGAGCGACCCCGGCAAAUCAGACACCCCGUUGACCCCGGAGGAGAUCCAGCGCAUUUUGUGGCGAGAGGAAGAGGAGCACUAUGAGGAAGAAGAGCGCCUGAGGAAGAAAGAUGAGGCGAAGAAGAGGAAGAGGCAGGAGAAGAAGGAGAAGGAAGAAAGGCAGAGGAGGAUAGCGGAGGAGAGGAGGAGGAAGGAGGAGGAAGACAGGAGGAAAAAGGAGGCAGCACAGGAAGAAGCGUGGCAAAGAGAAAAAAAACUGAGGGAAGAGCUAUUAGCAGCAGAAGAGGAAGAGGAGGUGUGGCUAAGAGGAGACGUCUUUCAAAUGCCCCCAAAAGAAGAGGAAGAACCCGAGGAACCAGACCUCCUCCUUGCACCCAUCCCGAGGCCUCCUGUUGCGGAGGAUGAGCUGAAGGAAAAGGACACUGAGGAGGAAGAAGACGUAGGAAAGGAGGAGAAGGAGGAGGUGGUGGUGAAAAGAGGAGGUCUUCCUCCAGGCUGUGAGCUCUCUGAUGUCACGGUGACAUGUGACCACGCCAAACUCACCUAUUUCCCCCCGCUCUACAUGCCUGAGCUCAAGUCUCUGAGCCUGGAGGGCAACAACAUCAGCAGCAUCCCAGCAGAGGCCUUUAAUGGAAUUCCCAGCCUGGAGUGGAUCAACUUAAAGAAAAACAAACUCACGUCUGCUGGGAUUGAUUCCAGAAGCUUUAAAGGACUAAAGAUGCUGAAGCGUCUAUAUUUGGAUGGAAACCUUCUAGAAGUCAUUCCUUCCAACCUACCACCAUCCCUGCAGGAGCUGAAGAUUAACGAAAACAGACUACAGAAGAUCUAUGGGAACAGUUUCCACGGUCUGAACAGUUUGGUGAUUCUGGAGUUAGAAGCCAAUCUGCUGAGCGAGGCCAACGUGGACCCAAAGGCCUUUGUGCCUCUCGUGGAGCUCUCCUACCUCAGACUAGGCGGGAACUUCUUCCGCUCCAUCCCGCAGGGUCUUCCCACUUUACUGCUGGAGUUGUACAUGGAGAACAACCGGAUAGAAGAAAUUCCAGAGGGCGUUUUCAAUUACACCAAAAACCUGAACUUGGUUUCCCUGAGACACAACCGACUGGAAGAGACCAGGAUGGCUCCAAUGGCCUGGAUCGACCACAGAAAUCUGGAAUCCAUCGACCUCUCAUAUAAUAAACUCUACCUGGUUCCGUCCUACCUGCCGAAAUCUCUGAUCCAUCUCGUGCUGGUGGGGAACAACAUAGAGCGGAUACCUGGUUUUGUGUUUGCCCACAUGGAUCCUGGUAUCGAGUACGUCUAUCUGUCUUACAACAAACUGGAUGGGGAGGGGAUUGAACCAGAGUCCUUCUUUGGAUCCUACCAUUCCAUGGUGGAGCUUUGUCUAGACCACAACCAGCUGAUGAAUGUGCCAUCAGGAAUCAAUGAGAUGACAAACAUACACUUCCUCAGACUCAACAACAACAAGAUCAGGAGUAUACCCGAAGAGAGCAUCUGUGAUCCGGAACAAAAUGGAGACUCUACAUUGGUGGCUUUGAGGCUGGAGAACAAUCUCAUUGAUGGCAAAAAUAUCUCCCCAAGAGCCUUCUCCUGUGUGCGCUCCUCCUCAAGUGUGGUCUUAAAACCCCAGAUGACCAAAUGAACUAAUUUCGAGCAAAAAACAGACAUGUUUGCAGUUUAACUUUUCCAUGCAAAUACGUUUUUAAUUAAAGAACAACAUUUGAACAAAAAGUAACCCAUAUCAGCUUAUUAAUGGGGCAAGUGUCUCUCAACUUGCAAACCAUUUUAAAAUUGGCGAUAUUGUUAUUUGUGGUCUUACAGGCCAGCACAUUAAUAUGUAAAAAACAACUCAGUAAAAUAUUAUGGUAUGACAUACGAUUAUAUUUAAAACUAUAUAUCAUUUUCUGAUUAUAGUUUAGUUGCAGUUACCAAAUUACGAAACAAAAAUGACUAGAAGACUAAUGCUGGUCAUUUUAUCAAAUUAUCUGUACUGUAUCUGUUAUUUGGAUGUUAGCAAGAUUCCAAAUAGAGUCAUUAGUAAUAAAUAAAUAAAUAUAUACAAAAGUAUAUACACACACACACACACACACACACACACACACACACACACACACACACACACACACACACACACACACACACACACACACACACACAUAUAUAUACUGUACUAAAGUCAGAUUUUGAAACAUAAAAAAUUGUAAAAAAAAAAGAAAGAAAAAAUCUUUUUAAGGGUCAAAGUGUGACUCAAGAUGAGAUGCGGUAAACUUUUGAUUGCACAGCCUCCUCCACCCUAAAGUAAUGCCGCAAAUUCUGCAAUAACUUUAAGGGCCAACUUUCUUGUCACAUUUUCCAGUGACAGUUUGAGGUUGAAGAUCAAUAAUUACAGUUGCGGGGACAUCUUAAAAUAAAUAAUGAUUGGAACAGACAUUUGAAGAUGAUUACGAUGAUACUUCCUUUCUCGGUAAAACCAAUCCUAAACAUUAGAUAAUUGAGAGCAGAUGAAAAAUAAAACUCUAUUUAGAUGUGCUCAGCUCACAGAUGCUUCAGGCCGACUUCUUUUUAAAAUGCAAUCUAAAUUAAAGAAUUUCAAUCAAGUCAGUGGUAGACACAGCGUGUCCAAAAUGACAUUCCUACUGGGUACUGUUGACUCAGGGUUUGAAUUGAAGCUUCUGUGCCUGGAUGGGACAGUUUGGAGUGGCUACACUUUCAUGCUUUGGGACACCUGGCACCUGUCUUGUGACUACACAAUCAGUAGUGUAUGUUUAAGGGGAUGAAGUAUAAAAAAAAUAACUACAAAAGGGGGCAGGGGGAAUAACCAACACAGCCGUUUUAUGUCAGUUAGAAGCUCUAAAUGUCGUUUUUUUAUUUUUUAAAUGAUUAUUGGCCAUCCCUAAUCAGUGGGCAGAGCUCAAGAUUGUUUUGAGUUAAAAAUAUGAAUGACUGUAGCAGUCAUCAGUGUCACAUUCAGACACUAUAGAGUGUCCGAACAUACUGUACAAAUGCUAAUGUUUGCAAAAUAAUUCCUGUUACCAUGGUCCUGAAAUAAUGACUGAAAAUUAUGUAUAAUGCAUGUCUGACCACUAUCACUUUAUAAUAAAAACACUACGCACGUGUG